CAAUCAUUGAGCGACUGGGCCUUCUGAGCAGUGGAUUCGCACAACGACCGAGCACGCGCCACAAGGCCAAAGGCUUCCCCCUGACCACGACCUCAGCCUGUCGUGCCAGACAAUCGGCAGCAACACUUUCGCUCCUGCGUCCAUUCACGCUUGGACGUUCAAUCUGCUGUCCGACUUGCCUAGUGACCUUGUUCAAGGAGCGAAAACGCAGCGUGGUCUCAGUGUCGGGCUUCCACUCCAUUGAAGGCAAGAAAGUUUCGUGGUUUUGGUAAUGCCUUCACCGCCCAAACCUUGGGAACGUGCCGGCGCAACUGCAGCGACGGCCGCUUCGUCUGCGCCAAUCCCCGCAUCCAUGCCGACGAGCAGUACUUCGACGGCUACACCCUCCAGUUCCGUACCAAGCGUCCCUGCUCGCCCCACUACUCUCUCUGGCGCAUCGUCGACGCUGGCAAACACCUCCGCAUAUGGCGCAUCACCGUACUCGUCCUACAGUCCCUACAACCGCUACGGUUCCUCCUAUUCGCCUUACGGGAGCAGCAUGUACGGAGGAGGAAUGGGGUAUAGCAUGGGGAGCAUGGGGGCAAUGGGGGGCAUGGGGGGCAUGGGGGGCAUGGGGGGCAUGGGCUAUGGUGGAUACUCUCCUUAUGGAGGAGGGAUGGGUGGCUACGGCGGGGGCAUGUACGGCGCGCCCUUACCCGGCGCAGACCCCAACAACCCAUCGUUGACGCAGGCACUCGAGGGCGCGACACAGCACACAUUCGCCCUCAUUCAAAGCAUCGUGCAGACAUUUGGGGGCGUCGCCCAGAUGCUCGAGUCCACCUUCGUCGCGACGCACUCUAGCUUCUUCGCCAUGGUCGGUGUCAUAGACCAGCUCGGCCAGCUACGCGCCGCGCUAGGGAGUGUGCUUGGCCUCUUCGGAUUGGUGCGAUGGCUCCGGGACAAAAUCACCGGACGCACGCGCGACCCCCUCCGAAGCGAGUUCAAGGACUUCGUUGCUGGGCGGCCCGUGCAGGUUCAGGCGGGUCCCCCUGCCCCGCGCGCGAGCAAGAAGCCGCUCAUCAUCUUCCUACUCGCCGUUCUGGGUGUGCCGUAUCUCAUGCAUCGACUCGUGCGCACGCUCGUUGCGCGCCAGCAGGCGCUCGCCGAGCAGCAGGGUGCAGGUCUGCCGCCACUCGAUCCAUCGCAACUGAUGUUCGCGCGUGCGCUCUAUCCUUUUGAGGCGGCUUCGCCUGCGGAGCUCGCAUUGCGCGAAAACGAGAUCGUCGCCAUCAUGGGCAAGCUCGAUCCUGUUUCGGGGGCUGAGGUCGAUCCACGAUUGGAGGUGGAGGGCAGCGAGUGGUGGAAAGGUCGGACGCGUGAGGGGCGGGAAGGCUGGUUCCCAAAGAAGUUCAUCCAGCUGCUCGAGCGGCGCAAACCGAUCGAUGCACCAGCAGCCGAGCCGAAAAAGGUCGAGUGAGCGCGGUGCCGUUCGUUUGGAUUUCUCUGGAUACACUCACUUACUUGAUGAUAUCCUCACGUUGUGCUUUGUUGUACUUCUACUCACUGCCUGGUUCUAGUCGUUAUUGGAUUAUCUCUAUGCAUCGCUUUCUCGUGCC